UUCAAACAAAACAGCAUCGUAUUUUUCAUAAAACGGCGAUAAAAUGUAUCGACCAACCUCUUUAGUAAAUAAAUGGGUCCAGGAAAACAACGAGUUGGUAAACAAAUGGAAGCAGCAGGAAGGAGGAGGAGUCACCUUCAGCCGAGAUCAGAACCAGUCCCACCUGAGAUGGAGUUCCUCUGAGUUUUACAGACUUUUAAGGAAAAUCCAAGGUGUUCCUCCUCUUGCAGAUCACACUCAUUUGGAGCUGUCAGUGGUAUACAAUACCUGUGUGUGCGCUACUGCUCAGUCUCAGUUCACAGAAGCCGAGCUGCUCCUCACACAAGCCCUACAGAGAGCUCUACAGAUCACAGGAAACGACUCUGUCACUUCAGAAACUCCUGUGUUUUGGAGAACGGUUCUCAAAUCAGUGGCAAACACAGCUCUGAAUUCCUGUGUACUGUACCUUCUCUGUCUGCAGUGGGCAAUAUGGUUGGCCACCUGUCAGCUGAAAACUAUACAAGAAUUUAAGGAGGAGCUGUGCUCUCUGUUGGAGACACUGUGUGGUGGAGUUGGGGAUGACAGGAGGAAUGAGACAUGGGGGAAGUCCUCUGACGUUCCUCUACUGGUGACGGACCCAAGAAAGCUUGUUGAAUUAUUGCAGAUCUGCACUUCCAUUGCCCAAGGUGUUGAAAGGUUGAGUGAAGGUCAGUGUUCAGAAGCGCUGUCUGAUCUGCAGUCAGCUUCCUCCCUGCCGGCACCCAGAGCUCUAGUAGCAUAUGUACACCUCCUCUCAGGCUCCUGCCUCGCCCACAUGAGCCGCCCCCAAAUGGCACUGCAGUGUUACAGGAAGGCACUGGAAACUGACUCCUGCUGUGUGUGUGCUCUGUACCAGAGCAUGCUCAUCUACAGACAGCUGGGCAACACACAGGCUGAGAUACAAGCUCUUCGCUUGCUGCACUCAACUUUGAUGUUGCUCUCUGCUACAGUUCCUACUGUGGCCGGUGCCCAUCUCCUCUCCCCGUCCUUACUGCUCUGCAGCCAAUCACUGCGCGACCUGCUCUCAGUUCCCUCUGCCCCCUCUGUCCUUCACAAUCUGGCUCUGAAGUGUGUGCUCCAUGGAAGGGUGUCAGAGGGUGUGGAACAUUAUCUGGACCUGCUGGCUGCUCUUCACUCAGAAGAUCAACAUGGAGUCCAUGGUGAGGCCACUCCCCUCCCCAGGUUGCCCCAGCUUUACCUGGAGACUGGUGCUGCCUUGCUCAUGGCCCGGCGGCCUGCAGAUUGCAUGGCGCUGUGCAAUGAAGUCAUCAGCACAACAUUAGAGCUACUGCCAGAGAAGCUGGUGUUGGAGGAUCCAGAGGACAGGAGUCAGGCUGAGACCAAGGAAGUGAGAGCAGAGGGUGAAGAUAAGGUGGCGAUGUUACUCUGGACAGGGGCUGCUUUCCUCCUGCAGGGUCACUGUCACACUCACCUGAUGGACUGGAAAAAAGCCGUGACUCACUACACUAGGUGUAUCAACCUGCUCGUGAAGGUCUGCUAUAAAAAGAAAGGUUUCCAACCACAGAUCCCCAGUGCAGACAUGGUUGUCAAGCAGGAGACAGAUCUGUGUACCCUCCAAAGGCUGAAGGGUCUUUCAUUAGCUGGUAGGGGUAUCAGCUUCACCCAGACAGACCGACUGAGAGAGGCACUGCGAGACCUCCUGCUCAGUCUACAGGCAUUCCCAGAGUGUGUGGGUGCAGGACUGUGGUGUGGUGAAGUGCUGUGGAGGCUUGGCAGGAGACAGGAGGCAGCAGCUUGUUGGGAAAAGACCUGGAGCUUCACCAGACAGUCCUCAGUGGAGGGUCUUCCUUUGUACCUACAGGAACCCCAGUCUGGCCCUUCGCUGGACUCCACGAAGCUGAAGCGCAGAAUACAGGAACUUGGUCCUACCUAGUCAACCUGAAGAGGAACAAAAGAAGAAUGGCCUAUCCCUUACUGAACAGGAUCCACUUUCUCUGGUCUUUGAACUGAAACCCAUACGCACUACAAACAUGUAUCUACUCGGACAGUAAAAUAAAGCAUAUUGUAAGGACUUAGAGGGUUUGAGGCUGAGAAUGGACACAGGUGGUGGUUUAUGAAUGAAAUAAUGCAAGAUAACCAUACAUACUGUAAAGCUGAAACUGAUUUGUUGGGGGGAAAUUGUACCAUGCAUCACUGUAUGUUGGGCAGGCAAGAGUAAUCAAGACUGUUAUUUUCAUAACUGAAAGUGGUUUUCAAUAUAAAAUAAAAAUA